CGGACUCUCGAGCGCUUCCUGUCCCGGUGAAGAGAGACCAGACCCCCAAGCCCAAGCCCAAGCCCAGGAGACAGCUCAACCGACGAGACUCGCAGGGGAACGAGAAGAGAAAGAAGCUCGUGCGAAUUCCGAGCAGCACCGUCGCCAAUUCCCUGCGUGGCCGAAUUGCUGGCGCCGCGCGGAGUGGGUCUACGAUGGCAACGUCGACGAUGGUCGUCGCAGCAGGGAGCUGUCUGGGCGCGAGGGUAGCAGCAGCAGCAGCCCCUGCCCCCGCUCCAGCCGUGGGGCUCCCGGGGCUUCGGUUCGCCGCCAACAGCGAGCGCGAGCGCAAGCGCAAGCCCAACAUCCUCAAGCUCGAGUCGCAAUUCGUACCGGCAUUCAACGUAUCGAUCCGCAGGCGGGGGCAGGGGCUGUCUACGCGGGGGUUGAGGAGUGCGGGGGUUAGGAGCGCGGCAUCGGAUCCGGAGCAGCUGAGAGCCGCGAGGGAGGACGUGAAGAAGCUGCUGGCGGAGAAGAAGUGCCACCCGAUCCUCAUCCGGUUGGGGUGGCACGACGCGGGCAGCUACGACAAGAACAUCGCGGAAUUCCCCCGGCGCGGGGGGGCAAACGGGAGCCUGCGCUUCUCGCCGGAGCUAGGGCACGGUGCCAACGCGGGGCUUAUCAAUGCCGUGAAGCUGCUGGAGCCCGUGAAGGCGAAGUACGCCGGCAUCACGUACGCCGAUCUGUUCCAGCUGGCCAGUGCCACGGCCAUCGAGGAGCUCGGCGGGCCCAAAAUCCCCAUGCGCUAUGGGCGCGUGGACACCAAGUCGCCGGAGGAGUGCGCCAUCGAGGGCAAUCUGCCGGACGCCGGCCCGCCCAACCCCGCCGACCACCUGCGCAAGGUGUUCUACCGCAUGGGCUUGAACGACCGGGAGAUCGUGGCGCUCUCCGGUGCGCACACCGUUGGGCGCUCGCGCCCCGAGCGCAGCGGCUGGGGCAAAAAGGAGACUAAGUACACGACGGGGGCUAAUAUCGGAGCCCCCGGGGGGCAGUCGUGGACGGCCGAGUGGCUCAAGUUCGACAACUCCUACUUCCGCGACAUCAAAGCGCAGAGCGACGAGGAUUUGCUCGUGCUCCCGACGGACAAAGUGCUGGCGGAGGACCCGGAAUUCAAGAAGUUCACCGACAAGUACGCCGAGGAUCAGAACGCCUUCUUCGCCGAUUACGCGCUGGCGCACGCGAAGCUGAGCGAGCUCGGGUCCAAGUUCGACCCGGAGGAGGGCAUUUUCAUCGACCAGGAGGCGCCGCCCAAGAAGGAGCCGGUGGUGGAGAAAUUCGUCGCGGCCAAGUACUCCUCCGGCGAUCGCCAGAGCGAGCUCUCCGACUCGAUGAAAGCCAAGAUGCGAGCCGAGUAUCUCGCCGUCGGUGGAAGCCCCGACCGACCUCUCGGGUCCAACUACUUCCUCAACAUUAUCAUCGUCAUCGCCGUUCUUGCCGUCCUCGCCUCUUUCGCCACGCAAUCUUGAGGUGUACAUUUCAUUAUCAUCGUCGUCUGUCUGGUCUCGGUCUCGGUCUGGGUCUCUCUGGAGGACAUUAUCAAAAUUGAAGGAGACGUCGUGUGAUUCUCUACUAAUUUGUAAAAUGUGUAGAUCUCUGCAAGAGCUAUUUUUGUAAAGUAGACAAUUGUCCUUCAUUUCCCGUCGGCAGACAUCUGACCUUCCCAGUCUUGAGGGCAUAAUCUUUUUCGCGGGAUCGUCGGUCGUCUUGUUUCAUGAAGCGAUGAAGCGAGGACUGUAGAAAAGCCCAAAUGCAGGUUUGUAGUCCCUACCGCACUCGGAACGGCUGGUGAGGCAUUUCCUGAAUUGGGGGAGAUUUAGGAUGUAAUGAAGAGUUGGAGAAAAUCGAUUUAGCCGGAAAUUCAAAGAUAUUUCAGUGUGUAUGUAUUUGUAAUGAAACAAACUUUCGACUCCUUU